CCUCUCUUUCUCCCAGAAACCCUCAGCAAUACCGUCAUCAUGGGUGGUGUCUCUGUCAAGGACGUCGAGUCGCACAAGUUCAUCAACGCCUACGCCGCCUUUCUCAAGCGGCAAGGGAAACUGCCCAUUCCAGGGUGGGUUGACACGGUGAAGACCUCGCACUCCAAGGAACUCCCGCCCCAGGACAUCGACUGGUUCUACGUCCGCGCCGCCGCGGUCGCGCGCCAUGUGUACAUGCGGAAGACGGUUGGUGUCGGUCGUCUGAGGAAAGCUCACGGCUCUACCAAGAACCGCGGCUCGCGCCCCUCGCACCACGUCGACGCGUCCGGCUCUGUCGACCGCAAGGUCAUGCAGGCCCUCGAGAAGAUCGGCGUGCUGGAGCAGGACGAGGAGAAGGGCGGACGACGCAUCACACAAGCCGGCCAGCGUGACUUGGACCGGAUCGCCCAGACGACGCUCGAGGCUGAGGAGGAAGAAGAGGAUGACGAGUAGGCGGGCGCGUUCGCAUAGCGGGAUUGAUCUGAGCUGGACUGGACUGGGCUGCUUGGCAUUUCGCUGCGGGCGGUUAUGGGUCUCAUCUCCUAUGGUUUACGGCUUAUGGCGUUCAUCAUGAGUUCGCUGAGGCGUGAGAGCCUAGGAUAGCGAAAAUGAAAAUGGGCUCGGCCUGAAUGCAUCAUUUGGUUCUCUUCGUUGUGAAGCACUAAUUUUGCAUUUUCCGCCU